CCCCCCCCCUCCAGCCUCAGGACCACCUCUCCUCACUCACAGGUUUCUCCCCUCAAGUUGGGCGACUGGUCCCGUCCUCGUCCACAGGGAGCUUCUGUCCUCCUCCUCUGCUGAAGAAGAUCCGGGCGCCACUUGGACGAUGAGGACCACGUGCCUGCGGGCGGCCGCUCUGCUGCUGUCGGCCGUCUCCCUGGUUGCCGGCGCCGACUCACCGAGUCCAGGAAAUCCAGACUUGAGAGGGAGCUCAAAGUCCAAAGCGAAGACCUACUGGACCGAAAGCAGCAAAGCGGUCUCCAUCAGCCGCCUGCUGUCCCAGACCCUCUACGGCAAAGAGAACUUCACCCCUCUGGACCUGAACUACGACGGGGCGGACUCCUUCUCCAAAGCGGAGCAGUGGAACUGGCUCUACAACGCGUCCAACUCCCGCGACCCGCGACCCAGGACCAAGAGGAGGCCCAUCGUCAAGACCGGCAAGUUCAAGAAGAUGUUCGGUUGGGGCGACUUCCACUCUAACAUCAAGACGGUGAAGCUCAACCUCCUCAUCACGGGUAAGAUCGUGGACCACGGCAACGGGACCUUCAGCGUCUACUUCCGCCACAACUCCACCGGUCAGGGCAACGUGUCCGUGGGGCUCGUUCCUCCCACCAAGGCCGUGGAGUUCCAGGUCCGCCAGCAGCAUCAGCCAUACCAAAACCACCACCACCAGCAGCAGCAGCAGCAGACGGCUCUGGAGACCAAGGACAACAAGCUGUUCAACUGCAGGGUGGAGUACGAGAAGGUGGAGAAGGGCACCAGGAACUCGCUGUGCGCCCACGACCCGUCGCAGAGCUGCUCGCAGGAGCAGACCCAGAGCCACGUGUCCUGGCUGUGCUCCAAGCCCUUCAAGGUCAUCUGCAUCUUCAUCACCUUCUACAGCACCGACUACAAGCUGGUGCAGAAGGUGUGUCCAGAUUACAACUACCACAGCGACACCCCUUACCUGCCCACGGGGUGAUCACGUGACCAGGGGGGCGGGGGACAAGAGUUUAAAAAAAACAAAACAACGCAAACGUAAAAAAAAAAUUUAAAAAAAAGAAGAGGUCUGGGUAAAUAAAAAGAAAAAAAGAGGCCGGCUGUCGGGUCUUUGAAGACGUCAGAAUUAUUUGAAUAAAAAAUGGAUUCAAGACACUUGAGACGUUGACAGGCAUGAUGAACAGACCCAGCCGAGGUCAUCGCGGGAGCAUUUAGGGAGGCAUCUGUAGGCUUGCAAUACUCAUAUUAUAUGCAUAGCAGCUCACAUGGAGAGGAACUCACCAAGCCAACCGUAAAAAUAUGCUGAUUGUAUUUAUGUAAAUACUGUGGGUUCCACACAAAGACCAGAAAACAAUUUUAUUAAUGUUUCCUUCUGCUAAUUUAGUUGUUUAUUCUAAUAGUGUAUUUUCGCCUCAAUCCUGCUUUCUGUCUUUUCCAAUCAGUUGCUGGUAAUCAUUGCAAACACGUAAAUGUCAAUGCAAAUAAGAAGAACCUGUCAGUAUGCAGCAGAAGGCCAUAAUGGGGAAAAAAAAGAAAAUAUAUUUUGAGUGGUGUUGUUUUCUGCGGUGUGAAUUGUUAGCGUGAAUUUACCUCCCCGAUAUUGUCCGUGCAUGAACCGAAUGUGGUAAACAACCGAAUAACGUCAGUCUAUAUUUUCAUGUUACCGCGGCUGUCAGAAAUCAAGCAGCGACAGAGGAAAAAAAAAAUUGAUUUCAAUUGUGUGAUACCUGGUAGCAGUUUUAAGGCCACGCUUCGAUGACACCAACGACACCGGCGCAGGGCUCCGAUCAGAUCAAAGUAAUGCAAGUAAAAUGUUGCAAUAAAUAAAUAAAACUUGCAGAACUCACACAAGAUAACGCAGACGCAGACGACUCAUUUCUUCACUGCCACUUAAGACCCGUGCGCCUUGUUCCUCAGUCCGGCGUCUCUUCCUCCUCCUUAUUUUUGUGACUAACAAGUCCAAUACAAUAAAUCUUGCCCCCCCCCCCCCCCCCUGCAACACCAGACGAGCAGCUAAUAGUAAGAGGAGUCAGGGCCACGCUGACCUGCAGGAUCCAUAAAUAGCUACAGGUGCACCUUUUGUAUUAAGAGAACGCUGGAUGAUGAGAAAAAUGAGGUCAUAGGUGUUUUUAAUGAUUUUGGAGGAAGCCGAAGACGUGAAAAAGAGAACGGUGUUGAAAUGUGAUUUCCUGCUCCAGAGGAGAUCAAACAGCGGGCGCUAAUCACACAUUCUACCUAUCAAACCGAGAAAAAAAAACAAAAAAUAUCUGGAUGAGACUAACACUGGCUGUUAAUGAUAUUGGAUGUUCCAAUUGGCUAUUAAACCUUCAUUACAUAAAUUGGGAGCCAGUGGCUCAACGUGAAGCAUUUAGGCGAAAUGAACACAGUGCAAGUGGAAGCGCUGCAGAGUCAACACCACAGACUGAAUGAAUUAAAACGCCAAUGGAAACCUGUAAAAAAAAUAAAUGAGAAGAGAGAAAAAAAAAAAAAAAAGUGCACCUUGGGGCCCCGAUCACGGGUGUCUAUUCAAAUUCAGUGCUCUUGCCACGCGGUUCACGCGGCGGCGGGCGGCGGCCUGGAGGACAUCCAGCGCGGCGGCGUGUUUAGUGACAGACCUGAAAGAACAGGGGCCGCGGCACAAAGAGGAAUUUAUGAUGUGCAGGAACACGGGGCUGGCAGGAAUCACUGGAAGCACCUGACUCGUAAAUUGGGAGCAUGUUUCUGUCAACCGGAGAAGAAGGAAUGACUAACGUCUGCGGAUGGCUGUUCUUUUUUUUUGGGUGGGGGGGGGGGCAGUUCUUUCAUCUCAAUAAAAGUGACGUUGACGCCUCCCCGCCGUCACCCAACUGUGCCAAGGACAGUUUGUUCAGACGGCGCUCUGCAGAAGACAACGCGGCCUCAUUCGUGCACGUCGUCUCACGGGCGCAAACAGUCCGACACACAAGCGUUUGGAGAGCGAGAUCCGCCCCCCCCCCAUCCUCCCCUCCCUCCA